GACGCGUAGCGUCACAGAUUGCGCAUGCGUGCAGCGCACGACGAUGUCCAGGCACAGCUGCGGCGAUUCGUGGGCCAACGCGAUGUGCGUGAGCUGCCACCAUGGAAUCGCGAUGGUGGUGACCACGGGAACAUGGAACAGCGUGACGCGCCGCAAGAGUGUAGACGUGGCAAAGGCAUUGAUGCUGGGGUACUUGCCCGCACCCUCGACAUGGCGGAUGUCCAGCGUCUCGAGCACCCGCAGGCUUCCCGUGGGUAUCUGGGCGAGGGAUGGCAGCGACUUGGUCGUCAUCGCCAGCGACUGCCACCGCUCCGUCACCGCGAACAGAACGUCCAUGAGCGCCGAGAAGCUUUUUCCGCUCGAGUCGUGCCCCGAGUCCAGCGAGAUGGGGAAUGGGAGCGGCGCAGAGCGCUCUAGAAAAACCUUCGUCGCAUCCACCAUGACCUCUCCCGGCCGCUUCGCGCUGGGAAUCGGCAGCAUCCGGCACCACAGCCGGGGCGUUUUCAACGUCGCAUCUCUCCAGUGCUUGCACACCUGCCCAAAGACCAGCACAUCCGUCACGGGCCCAUCGACGUCGACCGCGAGCGCCAGGAUCUUCCCGAGGACGUCGACGGGGAUCGUGCGCACGGGGGCGGUGAUGAGCUGCAGCGCGGCGAUGACGCGGUGCUCCCGUGCGCGGAGAUGCUCGAGAUCUGCGAUCUGGGCGUCGAGCCGCGCGAUGAUGGCGCGCGACUCGAGGAUGAGCUGGUGCGCCCGGUCCUGCGCACCGGGCGUGUCGAGGUGGGCGAGCAGGAGCGCGGUGGAGAGCGUUGCAGCCAUGGGGGCGAGAAGCACAGGUGGGAGAUCAUCGAUGCGCGCUUGCAGGGACUAGCCGAAAGGGUCGUGGCCCGGACCGCUUACGACCUCGGUGACAUUGGUCACGGCGACACGCGUUAUUGCCGGUGACCGUCCCGAUCACGCGCUAGCGUGACACCACGCGUUCACCACUUUCUGUCCGCAACCGCGAUGUCGUCACGUCUUUCCCGAGCCAACUUGCGGGGCCGAGAGUCUAUAUUCGCUGGAGGCUCAGAUCUGUAUCGCGGAGAUAUACAGGCUGUUUGUCCCCCCAGCCUCGAAGAGUGCGUGUCGAUUUUGGAAGACUGCUGUGAAGAGGUGCGCCGCUCUUCACCGCUUGCGGAGACAUGAUCGACAAACGUUAGGCACACGCAGCCGAAACGCUUCUGUACGAGGGCACGAGGGACUUGCCGAGAAUGAACAAGAUCUUGGAGAGCCAGCGGGUGAGAGAGAGCUCUGCUCCACAUAGCGACAAGCGACGAUUGAGAUCGCCGGUUCGCACCACAGGUCUUCCUUCUGGUCGGCGAUGAUACUGUCCGAAGAUACAAGAUGGAACUGGCGGACGAAAUCGAGCCCGCGAUUAGCGAACUUCUCGACCUUGCACAGCAGGGUCUCGCUUCGUUGCAGAAGAAGGAAGCGAUCCUGCAGUCCAAGGUCGGUGCGUUGCCCUGCAUGGUAUGUGCGUCUGUGACAGGGAUCCACAGGUGGAUACCGCACAGCUGCGGACUGCCCGGCCUGUUAUCGUGGGCACCUCGGCAUCGCACAAGAUGGAAGCACGCCGACUCCAUCUCCUCACCAAGCAACGAGAGACGUUGGAGAAUCAGAUCCGAGCGUUGCAGGCUGAGGUUGAGGAUAUGGAGAGCAUGUAGAUGCCUCUGUUCGAUUGUAUAUUCAUACAGAUACAAUAAUGUGAAUUGGAGUGCGAGAUAUCCAAGUCAAGAUUAUAGUUUCGAUGGCGAUAACGUGCCGCUCUCGGAAAAGAUAUCGAAAUUGCGUUCCAUCAAUAUCUCACUAGUGAC